AUGAAUUGUAUAUUAUUAUUUCAUUUCAUAUUAUUACUUAUUUCAAUUGUACUUCUGAUAUUCGGUAUCAGUACACCAAGAUGGCUUGUAUAUAUUAAUGAAAAUACAAAUGGUAUUAUUAGUGAAUAUUCACAUGGAAUUAUAGAGAAUUGUCGACGAUUCUAUCAGCAUAAUAAUGACAAUGCAACAUACAAUAACAUUCAUAUCAAUGAUAAUGCAUAUAUAUGUUUUAAUUAUCUAUAUAAAUGGCAUAAUACAUCAAGAAAUGGAUAUGACUUACCAGAUUAUCAAAAAAUCUUAAUUGGUAUAUCAUUUAGCUGUAUAUGCAUCGCUGUGAUCUCUUUACUUCUUACUCAAUUGAUUAAUAUUAAAAUACCUUUUUAUAAAAUUCAUUUUUCUAAACGUAUCAUUGAUUGUUUAUUAAUUACUAAUAUAUUAACUGCUAUCUUGGCAAUGAUUACAUUAACCUUAUUUUUUGGUUUUGAACAUCUUCAACAUAUUCUUAAUUGUGGUUAUUCAUUUUGGUUAUUUGUUAUGGGUACAUGUUGUAUAUUUGUUUGUUGUAUUCUCAUAGCAAUUUUUCGUAUUGAUGUGGAGUUUGAAUUUCAUCGUUAUUAUCACGAAUCUGUAGCUACACUUUGUUAG